AUGCCUACAAAGAAUAAUAAGUUCGAGUCGGUGUUGAGAUGGAGCCUAGGUGGACCAGGCACAAUCACGACCACGUUGUUCAACCUAAUGGCAAAAGAAGGGUGUUUCUUCAUCGUCGAAGCCACCAUUUGGCAAAUCGGAAAGCUCUUGCGACGCCACCACUGUUUCCAGUUAAACCGGAGAUUGAAAAUGGCAUGGAUCGGACAAUUAUCCAAGAAUCUGAAAGAGCUCCGAGUUCUCUUUUGUCAAACUUCACCUGCCAGUUCUUCCACAAGGGCGUUUGUUGAGAAGAAUUACAAGGAAUUGAAGAAAGCAAACCCUAAGUUGCCUAUACUGAUCCGCGAGUGCAGCGGCACCGAGCCUCAGCUGUGGGCGAGAUACGAUAUGGGAGUUGAGAGGGGUAUUCGUUUGGAAGGGAUGUCGGAGGAUCAAAUCUCAAAGGCAUUGCAGGAUCUUGCAAAAGGUGGGGCGUCCCUUAAAUCCUAAACCAUUUGUCACUCCAUAUUUUGCUUCUUUUCAAGAUGAAUAAUCCCGAUAUCAAUGGGUGGUGAAUGUCAUUUUCUUCUGAUUUUAGCAACCCUAAAGUGGAUUUUGUAAUGCAAUAUCAACAUUUCUAAAUUGAAAACCGUGAAAUUUGUGUGUUGUUUUAUUAUGGCUUAAAGUUUGGUUGAUUGGUAUGAUGAUCCUUGUGUGUUUAAGGCACUCAUGAAGUCGUGAUCUCCUUUGUGCACUUGUGCUUGUUGUGUUUGUAAUUGGGUUGUACAACAAAACAUGACAUACAACUUUGUAAUCUGUUUGACAUGAUCUGUAGGGGAAA